GUCUCUUUACAAAGUACAUUAGAGCAGUCUGUUCUCAUCACACCCUUUCCCUCUAUACCUCUGAAGGCAACAAUCGUGAACCUUAGGAGCGGCUUGUUCUCCGUCCAAAGUCCGCCACAUCUUUCCAUUCGCUCUCUUCACAUACCGUCUAUCCUCACGUCACCACACCAAACACCACGAUGGUCACGAAAGACUCCUCCAUCUUGAUUGUCGGAGCAGGCACCUGGGGCUGUUCGACCGCCCUUCACCUUGCUCGCAGAGGUUACACCAACGUCACAGUUCUUGACCCCUACCCCGUGCCCUCUUCCAUUUCGGCAGGAAACGACGUGAACAAAGUCAUCUCUUCCGGCCAAUACAGCAACAGAAAGGACGAGAUCGAAGUGAACGAGAUGCUGGGCGAGCAAGCAUUUCAAGGGUGGCUGAACGACCCCCUCUUCAAGCCCUACUACCACGACACAGGCCUUCUCAUGUCGGCCUGCACACCAGCUGGACUGGACCGCCUGGGUGUCAAGGUCAGGCCCGAGGCAGAUCCCAAUCUCGUCGAGAUGACACACCCGGAGCAGUUCCGAAGCCUUGCGCCCGCCGUGCUCAAGGGUGGCUUCCCCGGAUGGAAAGGAUUUUUCCUGCGCUCGGGCGCUGGCUGGGCCCACGCUCGCAAUGCGCUCGUGGCUGCGGCGAGGGAAGCGCAGAGGCUUGGUGUGAGAUUCGUCACCGGGAACCCGGUGGGCAAAGUUAUCACAUUGAUCUUCGAGAAUAACGAUGUCAAGGGCGCCGUGACGGCGGACGGUAAGAUCUGGCGCGCUGAUCAAACGAUUCUCUGCGCUGGUGCAAAUGCAGGUCAAUUUCUGGACUUUCAGGAUCAACUGCGUCCGACUGCUUGGACGCUCGUCCACAUCGCUCUGACACCCGAAGAGCGGCCUCUCUACAGAAACAUGCCCGUCAUCUUUAACAUCGAGAAAGGGUUCUUUUUCGAGCCAGAUGAGGAGAAAGGAGAGAUCAAGAUCUGCGAUGAGCAUCCAGGCUACACAAACAUGGUCCAAUCACCCGAGGGGAAGUUGCAAAGCCUGCCUUUCGAGAUGACGCAGGUACCGCUUGAGUCGGAACAGCGAGUGCGCGCGCUUCUCGCUGAAACCCUCCCUCAACUUGCGAAUCGCCCGUUCAGCUUUGCGCGGAUCUGCUGGUGUGCUGAUACGGCCAAUCGCGAGUUCAUCAUCGAUCGUCAUCCACAGCACAAGUCGCUGAUCCUGGGUUGUGGUGCUUCAGGUAGAGGCUACAAAUAUCUGCCAUCUAUUGGCGGCUUGAUUGUUGACGCUAUGGAGGGCAAGGUUCCUGCAAAGGUUCACGAGCUGAUUAAAUGGAGCCCAGAGAUUGCUUCCAACAGAGAUUGGAAUGACACUCUGGGAAGAUUCGGCGGCCCCAACAAAGUUAUGGACUUCCAUGAUGUGAAAGAGUGGACCAAUGUGAGGUAUAGAGAUAUAUCCAAGUUGUAGGGGCAAGCAGACAAGACAAUUGCAAAAUGU